UUCACAGGGCAAUUUCUUGAUAAUCAGACCUUAAAUCAAAACUAAACUACUAAACAAAGAAAAAAAAAGGAUCUAGCGAUGGAAAAUUGUUUCCGAUGGUCACGGUCAUGAUAGCUAGCUGUCAUCUUUCAUCAUCGCCCAUAUUUCUUUAUCAACUAUUCAACUCCCUUAUUAAAUUUGGAAUGGGAACAUGUUGAGUUGCUCCAAAAGUCGCUAUUAAUUGUGCAUUUUCUGUUUCAACUUUGGCAUGCACUCAUCUCUACACUUACUCCGCUUUUCUUGCCUUUGUGUCUUUUCUUAAUUACCCCCUCUCUUCUCACAUUCUUCUUCUUGACUUUCAUUAACUACUGGACUUACUACGAACAUGGCUUCUUUUCUUUGAUCUUAUUUUUCAACCCUGGAAGAUUUAAGCUGAGGGAAAAGAUGGGUGUCUCUCAGUUUCGGUUCUUUCUUGUUCUUUUCUUCGUAUUCUACGUUCCAAAGUGGGUUCAUGGGAACACGGAGCUUAGAGCUUUAAUGGAGCUGAAGGCUUCUUUAGACCCAACAAACAAGGUGCUGGAGUCAUGGAGGAGUGACGGUGACCCUUGCAGUGGUUCUUUUAUGGGUGUGGCCUGUAAUGAGCACCGUAAGGUGGCUAACAUCUCGUUGCAGGGAAAGGGUCUUUCUGGUAAACUCUCGCCUGCUAUUGCGGGAUUCAAGUGUCUUUCUGGUUUGUACUUGCAUUACAAUUCAUUAUCUGGAAAGAUACCACAAGAACUUUCACAACUUCAGGAAUUAACUGAUCUUUAUCUUAAUGUUAACAAUCUGUCUGGUAGCAUCCCUUCUCAGAUUGGAAACAUGGCUGGUCUACAAGUUCUGCAGUUGUGUUGCAACCAGCUGACAGGGAAUAUACCUACACAGAUUGGGUCUUUGAAGCAACUAAAUGUUGUUGCUUUGCAAUAUAAUAGACUAGAUGGUAAAAUUCCACCCAGCUUAGGGAACUUGAGAAUGUUGAAAAGACUUGAUUUGAGCUUCAAUAGCCUCUUUGAUGCAAUCCCUCCAACGUUAGCUGAUAUCCCAGAACUGGAAAUUCUAGAUGUCCGAAACAAUACUCUAUCCGGACUUGUUCCUUCAGGUUUGAAGAGAUUAAAUGAAGGGUUCCAAGGUGACAACAAUCCGGGUCUAUGUGGAACCGGUUUUCCAUUGUUGAGACGUUGCGGUCCUUUUGAUGGUGUGAACAUCAACCAGGUUGAACCAUUCCGGCCACAUUUAAAUAAUACUGCUCCAGAGCCAGGGGUUAACUCUCACCCAUCAAAUGUCCAGGGACAUUGCAACCACACUCAUUGCUCACGCCCAUCGAGAUUCCCAGAAAUGCCUGUAAUUUCAGGGGUUACUACGAUGGUUUUCAUUUUUACGGUUGCCGGACUUUUUGCAGUUAUUCACUACCGUAGGCAGAAACAGAAGAUUGGAAAUACAUCUGGUUCUUCCGAAGAGAGCUUUAGCAUUGAUCAGAAGAAGGAAAUUCUAAGGAAUGGAAGUGUUUCACCACUCAUAACACUUGAAUAUUCAUAUGGAUGGGAUCCAUUAGGCGAUGGCUGGAAUGGCAUUGGAUUUUCCCAGGAGCAUUUGAAUAAGUUUAGGUUCAACUUAGAAGAAGUCGAGUCCGCAACUCGAUGCUUUUCCGAGUCGAAUUUACUGGGAAAGACAAACUUUUCGGCUGUCUACAAAGGGGUUCUAAAAGACCGUUCUAUUGUAGCCAUUAGAAGCAUAAACGUAACCAGCUGCAAGUCCGAGGAAGCAGAGUUUGUUAAGGGAUUGUACUUGUUAACCUCCUUGAGACACGAAAACCUUGUCAGGCUACGAGGUUUUUGUUUCUCAAGGGGCAGAGGCGAAUGUUUUCUCAUUUAUGACUUUGCUUCCAAGGGAAACCUAUCCAAAUACCUCGAUCUAGAAGAUGGAAGUGAACCUGUUCUUGACUGGUCGACAAGGAUUUCCAUCAUCAAUGGCACUGCAAAAGGUGUGGAAUAUUUGCACAAAAGUGAAGCAAACAAACCACCCAUAGUCCACCGCAACAUAUCUGUGGAGAAAGUUCUCAUCGACCAACAAUUCAACCCAUUGAUUGCUGACUCUGGUCUCCAUAAGAUUUUUGCCGAUGACCUUGUCUAUUCAACUCUGAAAGUGAGUGCAGCCAUGGGUUAUCUAGCACCGGAGUACAUUAUGACAGGACGUUUUACGGAGAAGACCGACGUGUUUGCAUUUGGGGUGAUCAUUCUCCAAAUCCUGUCUGGUAAACUACUACUCACAAGCUCAAUGAGGUCGGGGGCGGAAACUAGCAAGUUCGAAGAUUUUGUCGAUAAAAAUCUCAGGGGAGAGUUUUCUGAAUCCAUGGCAGCUAAGCUGGGGAAAAUUGCACUUAAUUGCACCAAUGAAGAACCUAAUGACAGACCAAGCAUGGAAACAAUUAUUAAAGAGCUAAAUGAUUACAGUGUCAGUUCUUGAUGGAGGCAUUAUCUUUUACCCCAACUUGAGAAACUGAUGACGAUGAUGGUGGGAUCAAAGAGAUCGCUGAAACUUGAUUUUUGUUGGUGGUUGUAGAUCUUUUUGUCAAGUACUAUGAUGGUUUGAAGUAUAAAAAGAUGACAAUAUCGUGUAAAGUGGAGUUGCAGAUAGGAGUUUCCUCACUGAUGACUAGCAAACAAAAGUAGUACGGAGAGAUAUUGGGAGAAAUAACUUUCUAAUCAUACAAUUUGAUACAUAGAUUUUAAUUCGUACCUCCACAAGCAUUGAGCCAGCAAAACGAGCCAAGCUAGUUGACAUUAAGGUUAAUAGCAUGUCUCUUGGAGAACAUCAUCCCCUUAUUGCUUUUAUUUUCUUUAGUGAGGAGAAAACAAGUUAGCGGUUGUAAAAUAAGUUUUAACAAGUUGUACGAUCGGUCUAUGCAACAGCAGUAUGUUGUUGAUCUUGAAACCAUUCUGCAGGCCACCAAUCUGGUCUAAUUGCCAUAA